UAUAGUCUAUAACGUUUGAAAAACAUUUACAGUUUAUGAAAAUGAAAAUUAUUUUCUUUUAUGGCUAUUAUUUGUAAGAUUAUUGUAUAAAAAUAUUUUGUGAUAAUGCAAGGAGCAUUAAAGAAGUCGGCGGAUGCCGACGUUUGUGGUCAAACUCAGAAACAACCUUUACGUCUGGAUGAAUUAUUGAUUCCAAACGUGAAUACAUGGGGCAAUGUGCAUUAUAACGUACCGUUGCGACAUUCUAAUAAUGAGACUCGAACGGCAGUGAAGAUUGCUCAUAGACAUAUUCCUCCCAUACCUCAUGCUUUGGAUUGUAAAAUCGAUGAACCUCUCCCCACACGCAUUUGUGGCAGAGACAUGGUUGUGGAAAAGGAGACAUUUCGAACCACCUCAGGGGAGUAUUGCGUCAAACCCAACCCUAACAAAGCCAUGGAAAGAUCUGAUUGCGCCAUCAACUGUAAAAGAGUCAUUUUCAUGACUGGCGUCGAGAAUAGGUUGCUAAGCCAAUCGAUAGUUCAGCCUACGAUGCUAUCAGAGAUGAAAGACAAGUUUCGUGGUCUAAGGAGAUCUCCGUUAGCACCUCCAGAGAUUACUGUCAAAGCUCCCGAUCCCGAAUAUAUCUAUGAUAUAGUAGCAUCGGGCAGAAAUGAAGUGCCGAGUAUCCCGGACACCGCGAGAGGAUUCCGUCGACUUUUGGAUCCUUACGUGUCAUGCUACCGAGCUUAUCAUAGACCAUUUCCAGCCGAGGAACAAUACCAAUGUAAAGAUCAGAUUACUUUUUAUUCGGAGUUUGAUACACCGAGGGUUCGUGGAUUCGGGCCUCGUCACAAAGAGAUGUGGAUGCCGUUAACAGCGCGCCCUUACCGCCCUGUUUAUGACAGGAGUUUCUUGAAGAAAGAGUACCAUGAAGUAGCUGCUUGCCAUAAUCCUGUCAAUAAUAUUAAAGGAAUAUUUGAAUCAGAAAUGAAGAAGAAGUACCAGCAUCCAUACUCGAAGACCGCACUCGCAAGCUGGAGCCAUGGGGAAAUGUUCCACUUAGCACCAUUCCCACCCAAUCCAUACCAGACCAACAUGGCACCGUUCAUGUAUUGCAGUGACUAUUGUCAUAUUGGCCAAGGUACUCGGCCAUGUUGUGUGGUAGACUCUUUUGCACAGGCACUGAAGCCCCACAAGGAGUGCGUCGAGAAGUACAGAGUUUCAAAAGAUUAGCGUCUUGGUUUUUAAAUUAUUUAUCUGUAUAUUUAUAGUCAUUUUAUUUCACCGUUUUCUCGUGGUCUCAUUAAUUUGUCCCACUAGUGAGACCACUAGGGAGACUUCUUUCUCAUAUUUGUACAUACAUUUCCCUGUACAUACGUAUAUAAAUAACAAAAAGGUCAAAAUUUUCAAGUAGUUUCUCUUUAACCCUUAAUAUUAAGGACACAGACAAACAACGACUGCUUAAGAGAUAUUCGA